CGCAAUUUUCGCUGACUCAGCAGGUGCGAAGAUGACAGCCAAGUCGGUGCUGCUGACAGCAGCUGCAGUGGCUGUGUUGGCUGGGGUGUGUCUUCUUGGUAGCCUGAGCGUGCGUGUGCAGGCGACGCUCGUGGCCGUUCAGCAGCACCAAGUCGUCCACGCUGAUGUAGCCGUGUACGGAUCGACACCAGGUGGCAUCAUGGCAGCGGUGGCAGCCUCACGCGGCGGAGCCAAUGUCACGUUGGUCUCGGCAACAACACUGAUUGGAGGCAUGUGCAGCAGCGGCCUGGGAAAAACCGACAAAGGCGACCCAUCUGUGAUUGGAGGGCUGGCGCAUGAGUUCUUUGGGCGUGUCGGUGCACGUUACAACUCCACCGAACCCGUGUAUGAUUUUGAGCCCCACGUUGCUGAGGCCACCUUCCAUGACAUGCUGGCCGACGCGAACGUCACUCUGGUCCUCAAUCAACACGUGACGAGACUAGUCAAGCGGGACGACGAUCCCACGGUGAUUCAUGCACUCCAGUUUGACCAAGACCUGACUGUGAUCGCCAAGCGGUUCAUCGACGCCUCCUACGAGGGAGAUCUGCUUCCCUUGGCAAACGUCUCCUUUACCAUCGGCCGCGAAGGACAACAGCAGUACAACGAGUCCCUUGCUGGCUUCAGAGGUCGUGCUAUGGGCCACGAGUUUGGCGUUGCGGUCGACCCCUUUGACGCGCACGGCAAUCUCCUACCCCUCGUAUCCCCGCAGCCAAAGGAGAAGGUUGGUGAUGGUGAUGGGCGCGUGCAGUCGUACAACUUUCGAUUGUGCGUUACGCAAGACAAGACCAACAGGGUUCCAUUCGCCAAACCACCCAACUACAACGCAAGCGCAUGGGAACUGGCCCGAAGACUGUUUACGGCAGCGGUGCCGCCUGCGUCGCGCCUUCCCUCAGGUAACCUUGGCCCGCUGCCAAACGGGAAGUUUGACAUGAACAACGACGGGCCCAUCUCCACCGAUUUCAUCGGGGGGUCGCAGGACUGGCCAACAGCAACGCCGAAGCAGCGGGAGAUCAUAUGGCAGGCACACAAGGAGUACACGCAGGGCCUGUUGUGGUUUCUCUCUCAGGACCCCGCCCUCAACGAGAGCGUCCAUGAUGCAAUGAGAAACUGGGGUCUAUGCAAGGACGAAUUUGAGGCGUAUGAUCACUGGCCCCCGAUCUUAUACGUGCGGGAAGGCCGACGCAUGCAAGGCGAUUUGGUGUUUACGCAGUCACUUGUGGAGCGCCAACGUGAACACGACAUUGGUGCCGCCUCCAUAGGCAUGGGAUCCUACAACUACGACAUGCACAAUGCCCAGCGAUACGCAUGCACGAACAAGACUGCGUGCACUGCGUUUUCGCUGCCGUACGCUUGGAACGAAGGGGAUGUGGAGCAGAACCCAGGCUACCACUACCAAAUACCGUAUGGCGCGCUGCUGCCACGCAAGUCACAGGCCACCAAUCUCCUGGUCCCUGUGGCCGUUUCAGCCUCGCACGUGGGUUACGGGACCUUGCGGAUGGAGCCCCAGUUUAUGAUUAUGGGUCAGGCAGCAGGCACUGCUGCCGCCAUUGGCAUUCAAGUGGCCAUCCCAGCCCCAGUACAGGACAUUAAUGUGAAGACAUUAUCGAAGGAGCUGAAGGCUGCUGGCCAGAUUGUAACGCAGGCACCACCCACACCCGAGCCGCAUGCAAACUGUACGUUCCAGGACUCGGUCGACUAUGAUCACGCGCCCUGGAGUUGGCCCACCACAUCCCGCUCCCAGUGUUGCGGCAUGUGCGCUGCAUACGAUGGCUGUGUUGCAGCUGUGUUCAGGUACGCCGGCUCUCCAAAGAACACGUGCUGGCCCGUCCUGCAAGGCCACAAGCACAAGCAACCCCACCCACGCACACAGGGCAUCGUCUCAUGCCUCCUGCAACACGAAAACUGAACUCACAGAGGAUGACAUCAGUGAGCGGAAAAUCACAUUAACGUGUUUGACGAUUUAUUUCGCCGUUCUCGACCACAGAGAACACGCUAAAAACCCCCUUUCCCUCAGCACAAUUGACUACGGCACCCCACCCCACAUCCACCCACCAAGUCACAAUGAACCACACAACAGGCAAACCACUCACACUAAUCCUCGUCUUCAUGUUCACCCUCAUCGUCGUCCUCGUCACUGUCCUCGUCACUGUCCUUGUCUUUGUCCUCGUUCACAACAUCGACCUCUUCCAUAUUCUCAUCAUCAUCAUCACACUGCUCGUCAUCGAACACCCCAUCAUCGAUUGCCUCCUCAUCCACCUCAUCGAGGCUCGUGAUCUGCCUGUAAAGCUCAUCCAGCCGAGCAUUUGCUUUUGCAAUGCAUCCCUCAACUGUCUUCGGUGUCAGGGUUGCAAACGCCUCGUCC